AUGGCCGAAAACGAUAGUGAGCUCAAUGAUUUGUUUUCCUCCGCAACUGCUUCAGGCGGUCUCGUCGAGGCAGAUGUCCUCACGGAAUUACAAUCAAUUAUGCGACUGCACUCAAUACCCCCGCAGGAGCUUUUCUACAAAUGGGAAUCAUACAGCAUUAAAAUGGGACAAGAUGAUAUGAAAUUGGAUAUCGAUACUGUGAGAGCUCUCAAGCAGAAUGUACAAGACGGACUUGAGAAGGAAAACCGAAAAAAUAAGGCGCAUGUAUCGAAUAAAAGAGUGGGAGUUACACCUCGAAAUGUAGGAAAUAAUAACGAUGUUUUUGGGAUGUUAGAUCUCACACCAAAUACUCCCCGAAGUGCGAUGAGUUCACGGCCGAAACGUAAACCUGUGACACCUUCAAUAUCAAGAGUGAAAGCAGAACCCGCUAGCAGUCCCCCUGACUUCAAGACAUCGAACAACCUGAAAGAGGCUGGUACUGGCGUUGGUUCUGGCGAUGGUACUGGCUCUUCCUACGCCCCAACCUCAUUCAACGAUCGACCGCACGCUGGCCAGACUUUUGGAAAAGUUCUGAAUGCUCACCUCGAAGUUGCAGAACCCCCAAUCGCCCCUUACUCGGAAUCAAGAAUCAAACUCACGGCCAAUUCAGACAUGAAGAAAUUAUCUUACAAGACAAUGGCCAUGAAAUCAUCAGAAGCCUCAGAGAUAUUAGAUGACCGAAUAGACGAAUUUAUGCUUCUCGUACAAGCACAUCAUAACUUAGAGGAUUCGGAUUUUGGCAGUGCAGCGAGUCAAAGCACAAACGAAAUAGUAGCCGUUGGGAGGAUAGCAUGCGACUCCGCUGAAGGAAAACUUAACCCGUCUUCAAUUGUACUUGAGACCUCACGAAGGAUGGGUGCGGGGUUGCGAAUACCACUCAAAAUUGAUAAAAUGAGAGGAUUCAAAUUCUUCCCUGGACAGAUAGUGGCAUUGAAGGGUAUGAAUGCUUCUGGGGAAGACUUUACAGUAAGCGAAAUUCUCGAACCUCCUUUACUAGGCGUUGCUGCAUCCACGCCUGCUGGACUUGAUGAGCACGUUCAGAGACUUCGAGGAGGUCCAGAUGCAAUGGAUGAAGACUCUGACCCCGCACCGCUGAACAUCAUCAUUGGUAGCGGGCCUUUCACAGCAGAUGACAAUCUAAACUUCGAACCCCUACAUGCCAUCUGCAGCCAAGCGGCGGAUACUUACGCCGACGUACUAAUUCUUACUGGUCCAUUCCUCGACAUCGACCAUCCCUUGAUCGCAAGUGGAGAUUUUGAUCUUCCCGAGGAGUUGCUGUCAGAUCCGGACUCCGCCGCUAUGACCGCCAUCUUCAAAUAUCUCAUAACCCCCGCCUUCACCCAACUUACUUCCACCCACCCCCGCAUAACCAUCCUUCUUAUCCCUUCAGUCAAAGACGCUACCAACAAACACGCCGCCUGGCCCCAAGAACCCUUUCCCAAAAAGGAUCUUGGUCUCCCAAAGGCUGUUCGUAUCGUCGGCAAUCCCAUGACCAUCGCCCUUAACGAAAUCGUCAUGGGUAUCUCUGCCCAAGAUGUCCUGUAUGAACUCCUCCACGAGGAAAUUCACAAGGACAUAGUCGGUGGAAAGCCGGAGGAUAAUACUAUAUACGCACGACUACCCAAGUAUUUAAUUGAACAACGUCAUUUCUUCCCCCUAUUUCCACCGGUCCAGAGAACUCAAUUACCGAAGACGGGAACGGAGGAUGGGAUAUCUGUGGGGGCAAUGCUUGAUACGGGUUUUUUGAAGUUGGGCGAGAUGAUUAAUGUUAGGCCCGAUGUGUUGGUGGUGCCAAGUUCGCUGACUCCUUUCGCUGAGGUCGUCGAAAGUGUAUUAGUAAUUAAUCCAGGCUACUUGUCGAAGAGGCGAGCAGCAGGUACAUAUGCAAAAUUGACGGUAUACCCAGCAUCGAUGACGGAACAGGAGAGAACUCAAGGUACUAUGACUGCAAUGUCUGCCGAAGAGUCACCUGCGGCUGCAAGCUCCGCCAACACUGUUAAGUCGAAGACGGAUAGUACGAAUUCGACGCCCUCUUCAGCACAAACCAAAGCCCCGAGUGCGAAACCAGGAAACGUAAAGGAACCUGCGACACCCACCCCCGAUGGAGGCAAAUUAUCGGCUGCAGAACUUAAAAAGAGAGCCAAGGAUGAAAAGGCUGCACGCAGAGCUGCAGCAGUACAGAGCAAAGCAGGGACCGAAAAUGCGACUCCUCCACCGGCAGCAGCAGGACAAAAAAGUGAUGCCGCGAAAGGAGGAAAAGCUCAACCCAAGAAGGGCGCAGAAGUACGAAAUUUACCAGUCAGAGGGUCGACAAAAUCCUCUCCAGUUAUAGAACUGCCAAAGGUGGAAGAUAAGACUGUGGACUUAUUCAGACAUUUAUACAAACCUCGAACAACUUCAAUUGCUGAGGCAGGAAAAGACGUUCAUCCUGCAGUACUUGCCCUUGGACUGCAAAUGAGCAAUUAUACAAUAUGUGGUAGUUGUGCGAGACUCGUGGCAACAUUACAAGCAUUUAAAAGAGUUGUCGAGUCUUACAAAACCCCCGUAGGCGCAAGUCUCACACGUCAUUUUAUACCGCAUGUGCUAUCUCCUCAAAUUGAGUACUUAGCUUCUUGUCGACCGCUUUCAGUAUCCAUGGGGAACGCUAUUCGCUGGCUUAAACUCGAGAUAUCAAAAAUCGACCCAGAUUUGUCAGAAACUGACGCGAAAGAGAAUGUAUGCGAUGCCAUCGAUGUAUUUAUGCGCGAAAGAAUUACUUUCGCUGACAAGGUUAUCGCCGAUACCACUGCCGAGAAGAUUAGAGAUGGUGACGUUAUAAUGACUUACGCUAAAAGCAGUCUGGUACAGAAAGCGUUAGUGAGAGCUCACGAAAUGGGCAAGAAGUUUAGAGUCAUUGUAGUUGACUCCAGACCUUUACGCGAGGGAAAACACUUGGCAUCAGCACUUGUCACUUUAGGUAUCGAAGUCAAGUACUGUCUAAUUCAUGGAUUAAGUCACAACAUCCAAGAUGUAACAAAAGUUUUGUUAGGUGCUCACGCGAUGAUGACAAAUGGACGAUUAUAUUCAAGGGUAGGAACAGCUUUGGUUGCCAUGGAAGCUUCAGAAGCUGACAAGCCAGUUAUUGUUCUUUGCGAGACCAUCAAAUUCUCUGAUCGAGUAGCUUUGGAUUCGAUCGUUCAUAAUGAGAUUGCACCAGCAAAUGAGCUCGUGAUUGCCGGAGGACCACUGGAGAAUUGGAUGGAUGUUAAGAAACUCCAACUUUGCAAUCCAAUGUACGAUGUCACGCCGGCUGAGUACAUCCAGAUGAUUGUUACGGAGUCAGGAAACAUACCAACGACCUCUGUACCGGUGCUUCAUAGACUUGGCAACGAAGCCCAGUAG